AUGGCGGAGGAUGUGGCGGUGGUGCAUGACGAAACAUCCAACGCCUGCUGCAAUGGGUUGAAAAAGAAGCACUUGAAGCUUUUGGAGAAGUAUUCGAAGCUGCACCGCGUUGCAUUGGAGGAACUCAAGUUGCAAGUUGAUAUAUGGAAAGAUGAGAAAGAAAUAGAGUCUGGCCGUCGUGUUUAUCUUGAGGAUGAAGUGUCUGCUCUUAAGGAAGUGAUCCAAUCGCUGAAGCAGAGUCAUAAUUCUGCUCCUUUAGAUGCAGCUAAGGAUACUCAAGAACGUUUUAAUUCAGCUGAGAAAGAGAUUAAGGAGCUGAAGGAAAUUCUGGAGAAAGAGAGAGAAAGAGUGUCUUUGGAGAAAAAGAAAGUUGAGUUGGAGAAGAAGAAAGCUGACGAGGCUUUGAAGAAGGUGGAGGCGGAAAAAAAGAAGGUUAAUGAAGCACAGAAUGUGGCUGCAGGAGAAAGGAAAAAGGCUGAGGAAAAUGAGCUCUUGUUGGAAAAUUUAAAGCUGGAAAUUGAUGCGGUGAAGUCAACUUUGGCUUCAGAGAACUCUAAAAUUGAAGCCGCUAAGAAGAAAGCCGAGGUGGAGAAACAGAGAGCUGCUAGAGAAAGGAAAAGGGCCGAUUUGGCUGAGAUAAAAUUAGAAGAGCAACGUGAGCUUGCAGAAACGAAUUCAAAGAAGGCCAUCUUUGAAAAGGACCGAGCUGAUGAUUUGAAUAAAAAAUUGGAAGAGGCUAGUUUUAGAGUUGAAAAACUAGAGGAGUUGAAUGAAAAAUUAUGCUUUGAAAAUGCUGUCAAGGUUCAAGCGGAUAAGUCAAGAACUGGCAUAGAUGCAAAUAAAUCAAGUGAUGUUUCCAUGGACCUGCUAAAGAAAGAUGCUCAAUUGCCAAAAUGGAUUGAAAAACUUCUCUUGGAUAAAGAGCAUAGUAUUAAUAGGGAGAGAAAGCGUGCUGAUUCAGAGGGAAAGAAAGCUAAGAAACAUAAGAAAGUUGCUGAAUCACAGAAAAAGCUGGCCCUGGAACAGAAGCAUCGAGCUGAUCAACUGUCUAAGAAAUUAGAUAGUUGUAGGUUGAUGUUAAAAGAAUUACAAACGGAUCUGGAGGAGUUUGUUUUGCAGAGGAUAAAUGCAGGUCAUGCACGUCUGAGAACUGACAAGGAUAUAAGCGAAACUUAUACAGUUAAGCUGCUUAAGAAGCGUUUGAGGCUAGAGAAGACGCUUGUAAAGCAUGCCAAUUAG